AUGGAGCCGAUGGGGGCUGCGCACCUCCUUGAGGACGAGGUUGGAAAGAAUUCUAAACAUUUUGAUUAUGGUUCUCUGAAGGUUCGGUUGGUACGCUCUUUGGAUGAAGUAAGGAACAAGACUAGGUUUCCUAUAAAGAGCGAAAGGAUCACUUUGAUUGGAGAUUCAGAAAUUUCUACUGAUGCCAGGCUACUACCCUGUUACCGGCAGAAGUGUGUUGAAAGAAUGUCCUACAAUGACUCCACAGAAAAGCCACCAUUAUUCAGAGAAGCUACAACAUUUCAAAAGGCUUGGAAAAGUGUAGAUGUAAAGGCAGCUGAGGAAGUCAGAGGCCUACCUGAUUUUGUUGUUCCUGAGAAAACCAGCAGUAAUAUCUUGGAACGCCUGUCAGAACGCCGGCGACGCCGUCAUGAUGAAGCACUAACCUCAAUGCGUCAUGAGCUUGCCUGCAUUGCCAGGGAGAUGGAACCCCUUGUUUUGGAGCCUGGAAAAUUCCUUCUGACAAAACUGAUGGAAUCUGAUAGAAAAACCGAACUUCUGUUUAAAAAGAUUGAGUCUGACAGUGCUCUGGAAGAUUUCUCAAUUGAAGUAAGGCAGCUCAUGCCAUUGUCUCAUCUUCAGUUAUUUGUACCUGCCUUGACCAGAAAGAAGUGGAUUAGGGAAAUGGAUGAAUCCCUAAAAGAGGUUGAAAGGAAUCGAGCUGAUAAAAUAACAGAUGUACUGAGGAAGUAUACCCUGAUACUGGAGGAAAUUUCCUUCUUCCUGUCACCUGAUGUUUACAGGCUCAUGCAUUAUGAGGCCAUGGCAAUUAACAGAGAACUGUUGGUUAAUCAGAGGGCAAUUGCCAAACUGUUCUUUAAUCUAAUGAAAUCAGAGAUGAUGAGGGAAUUAUCAUAUCGGUUGAAAUGGCAAGACAGAGUCAAGGACUGGAAGCUCAUCAAAAAGAACUAUGUAGUUCACAGUUUCAGUGAUUUGUUGCCUCCAACACACACGAAAGCUGAGAUAAAUGAAUGGUACAGAUCUUUGGUGAAUUUAAACGAAAGUAUAGAUACCCACAAUGUGCAGUGUAUGACAAAAAUACGCAACCAGUUUGAGAUGGUCCAGCAAAAAUGUUUGGCAGAAGCGCAGUUAUGCAAGAAUAACCUGUUGAAUCUGAAUGUUUGCCCAAAAGAAAAGGCUGAAGAAAUUGUGAAUUCUGACUUACUUCAGUGGACUGAGAAACUAAAAAGUCAGUUUGAAGAAGAACUGGAGCAUAUGGAUAGAGACUUUGAGGAGCUGGCUAAACAAAAUGAAUGGAAUUGUAGAGACUUCUACAGCUAUUUUCAGGAGGCCAUGGGUCUCUGGGAUGUCCAUCAACUCAAACUGUCCCAGCAGGAAGGUGAACUUCAGAAGAAAUUAGAUGAAUGCAGAUGGAAACAGGAUAACUCAAUACAGAUGAUGGAAGCUAAUCUGGAUAUAAUUUUGGGUAAAAUGAGAACAGCGAGCUCUGAAGAAAAGCUGAAGAAAUAUUUGGAGAAUGCCCUUUCUUCUUUAGAUGACAUUAGAGCUAGGUAUGAGACAUGCAACCAAGUUCUAAUGGAUCAAGUAAUGGCUUACCCAGAAGCUAUUUUGCAGGAAUUGAUUUUUUAUAGUAUAUCCAUCAGCCGAUAUUUUAAUGUAAAGGAAAUCUUCAAACAGAACUUGCAAGGAAAUACAGACUCCACAUUUCAAGAUCAAGAACUAGUUAAGACUUCAGAAGCUGAAUGUCUGGUGGAGCAGCAAGCUGAGCGCAUUGUGCAAGAAAAUGAAGGAGAGGAAAAGAAGGAAGAAACAAACACAGCUGAGAAUGAGGAGAUCUUUGCACAGAAAACUGAAGAAACAAAGGAAAAAGAAGAUGAGGAGAGUAUUCCACAUGAAAGUGAAGAAACUGAGCAUGCAGAACAGGAGGCAAGCUUUACACAGGCUAUGUUCAACAGCAGCAAGGCAGAAAGCUCUGAAAUAGCCAUUGAGACCUUUUCCACUUCCAGUGGAAACUCUUACACAGUUCUUGGAGUUGAAGAGGCAGGAAAGACUGACAUCCCAGAGACUUAUUUUACAAAAUAUGAAAAAAAAGAAUCACUUCCUAGGUACCUGAAACAUGUACUUAUCAAAGAAACCAUGUUUGUAGAACUGAAGAAACGGAUUCGCCUCUGCUUUUUUGAACACUUGGAGAAAUGGUUUGCAGAAUCCUUGUCCAACUCCUAUGUCUUUGUAGCUGCCAAGAAAGAGGAGUUGAAUUCAGAACUUCAACUGCGUCUUCACUUGCAUCAACAAAGGCUGGAGAAUACAAAGACAAAUAUCUACAAUGUUAGAGCUGUGGAACUGUUGCUUCACAAAGAGCAUCUAGAGUGCCAUUGUGCAGGGGUGGUGGAAGGUCUGGAAAAGGAGAGAGCUGAAUUUCUGAAAUUUUGUGAUCAGCAAAAUAACCUCAGCAAAAACUUACAUUCACAAAUCCGUGACAUGGAGUCUGUCUUCCUCAGUGCUCCUAUGACUGAGAAGUUAGUUUCUUUCAGCAAAAAGGUGCACUCAGAGCUACAUAAUCAUCUGGAGGUGAUCCAGGUUUCCCUGAGGAGCUACCGGAACUAUUUGGAGGAAGCUUUAGGAAAAUUAAGGGAUUCAAAUGUGGAUUUUCUCAAAGCUUGCAGAUUAUUUUUGGAGGGAGGUAACUUUUCUCCUGAGGAGGUAAAGUCUUUCAGCAAGUGUCUUCAGCAAGAAAGUAAGCGUAUUGACUCUUUUGAAAGUUUAAUCAAGACAGAUCUGGAGAAAAUGGAAUCGAGAUGCUUGGAGCAGGCUACUGAACUUAUCAACCAGUCUGAAACAAAGUUCCAUUAUCUCUUUAUGAAUCGAGUCUUUAUGGAGAAGAUCCGACAACUUUUGACAAAUCUACGAGUGCAAAUCAGAUCAGAGGCUUUGACUUCUGAAGAGUUGUAUGAUUUUGCCAAAGAAGUGUUGAAAGAACUGAAAAAUAGGAGCCAGUAUCUUGACUGCUUGCUAGUAAAAGCAACGAGCCCACAUGAUAAUGAGGACUUUACCCCUCUUGCAACGGAUGUUACGUUACAAGGUCCAAUUGCUGUUGCUUUUCGAACAGAAUGUCUCAGAGACAAGAACAAAGUGAUGGUGAUGGGGCUGGAUCCUGUCAAAUUUCCCUUGUUAAAUCCAAGCAGAAUGGGAGAGUCUCCAUUUGAUGAUUUAUCAAUAAGUGUUAUAAAAAAUUUACUUGAAAUUCAACCGUCCAGAAAAUCUCCAGGCCUAAAUCAGGAGGGAAAAGAUCACUCGCAUUCAUUAGGACAAGAAAUUCUUCCCACAUCAAAGAAGAAUUCUCACUUAACCAUAUCUGAUGAAGGUCCUCAGAAUUCUGCUACUUACAGCUAUGCAGCUCAGAUCACCAAGAAGUCAUCUUCUAACAAAAAGAAGCCUAGAAGAAGGAUGCACAAAUACACCAGACCAGUUCUCAGUGACAAGAGUUUCCAGAUAUUUGGAGAAAAGCCUCUAGAAUCUGAUACUUUUAAGGGGAUUACUAUGAAUAUUCUCUGGAUGGGUAAUAACAGCUUGCUCUGCCUUGCUGAGGAGUUCUAUCAAAAAGAGAAGCCUCAAAUCACAAUGCCUGAAGAUCUGCCGGAGACAUUUGAACGUUGUGCAGAAGUACUCAGACAGAAUCUACUGUCAUACCAAAGUCAGACAGAUGAUUACUACAAUUCCUGUCUUAUAGAAUUUCAGGAUCAAUUGAAGUUGUUUGAGAAGGAGCUCCCUUAUGUCUCCCAGAUGGCAGUUGAUGGUCUUUUAAAAGAACAUGAGCAGAAGCUCAGCUAUUCCACUGGUCAGAUUCGACACCUCUACAAUAAACAGCUGGAAGACUGGGAGAAUAUGAAGGCUAUGCACAAGAACCAAUUACGUCCCUCCCUGGGACACCCAGACAACUUACUUCAGCUGGACGCUUUGUGCCAGGAGGAAAUAAAAAGGCAAAAAGACGAAGCUGACGGUAUUCAUCGCAACACACAGAUGCUGCAGGACUGUGCUACUGAGUGUGCUCAGAACUUUGUUUCUGCACUAGCUGCCUUCACCGAAGAGAUGCUUCUGGAAUUAGAUGAAAGUAUCACUAUUGAUGACGUACAAGUAGCAAAAAUGGAAAAACCAAGAGAGAAGACAUCCACUUUAAUCUGUCGUAAACAAGCUGGACUUCCUCUAGAAAUCUGUGAAGUUAAACAGUCAAUUGAACGUGGGAGCAGGACUUGGCCAGGAAUACCCAUGACUACUCUUACAGACAAUUCAGACUAUAUUCUUUGCAGAGAAACUGCAUCAGUUACAACAGCUAAGACUACACUGGGUCAUGUAGCAGCAGUAGAAGCAAGAGAUGCUGCAUAUAAGAAAUACAAAUGUAAACUCGAGCAGCAGUUUGCCCAAAUCAAGGAAGAAAGUACAGCUCAGCUGCUGACAAUUCAGCAUUGGGAAGAUUGGUGGGAACGAUCCAUCCAGAAGAUUAAGCAACUCUAUACAUGA